CGCGCCGCAUCCUCUGGCAGCUCGUGGAUUGUUGAGUGGCUUGAGCCGUUCCUGGUGCGUGUGUCCGCUUGCAUGAAGCAGUGCAUGCUGGAUUUGGCGCAUUUAUCAGCAAUAAGCCUAGAGUCGGAGAGUUGUGCAACAGCUCGUUCGCAUCAGUUCCCGUUUCUUGAGUGGGCGGGCAAUAGAGUGAUCGUUCAAGACCGUGUCCUUGGAUUGACGCUAUCCUUCUAUACAAGGCGCAGCACAGAGUGGACUUCACUGUGCCACUGUGCAGCUUGGCCAGGAGUCCACCACGCCCUCAUUGUCGUCGUUCCCAAGCGUCCGUUGGCAUCUACAGACCGAAGGCACCUAAUCAACUCGUGGACUCAAGUUGGUCAGCUGGAAAAGGGCAACAUUUUCAGUAGGCGGUCCAGACAGAGGGAGGUAGGCCUAGGCGCUCUGAGGAGGAAGGCAAGAUUCGAAGGAGUUGAUACGAUGGAGAGGUCCAUUGAGGUAACCGUGCCAUGGGCUGCGUUGACACCUGGGGGAGGGGUGGCGGGGACGGCACCUCCACAACAACAGGUCAGGGGUAGUGAAGCUAUUGAAAUUGGUCAUGGCAUUGGGGACUCCCUGAAAGAAGGGGGGUAUGUCAUCAAGGGGUUCCUGGGAGGGCGAGGUGGUCUGGGAAACUUCUACGAAGCUGAGACAAAGGAAGGAAAUAGGGUUGCGGUCAAGGCCCUUUCAUUGAUGUCAGCAAGGGAAGACGUCCAGCUCUUCGAGAGAGAGGCCCAGGUGUUAAAGACCCUGAGUCCUCAUGGUAUUCCAGAGUAUGUGGACUUUUUUGAAGCCGACUGGGGAGGCUACCGGUCACUCUAUCUUGUCCAAAAAAUUCCUAACGGUCAGUCGUUGGAGGAACUGGUGUGGAAGCCGGGGUUUCGGUUCUCUGAGAAGGACAUUGUGGAUAUAGCUGUGGAGGUACUUCGAGUUCUGUCAUAUCUGGAGAGUUGGCGGGUAGUUCAUGGCAAGAUCAAGCCGGCCAACAUCAUCGUUGACUUUAAGAGUGCCAAGUUGGAAGCGACUUGGGAGGGACAUGUCAAGGUGGCUGGUUUCGGGGCGGUGCAAGAUGGGUUGAUGGCGCCGAAGGUAGGAGCCAGUAGCAGUACGGGAUUCGAGACACAUGGAUACCAGGCCCCUGAGCAGUCUCAGAACAGGUUUGAAAGUCAGGCAGACCUCUAUGCUCUGGGGGGAACCGUGCUGUAUUUGUUGUCCGGUCGACAACCAUCGAAUUUCCCGCACAAGCGGCUCAAGAUCCACUUUCGCGACCAGGUGCAGAUGAGCGGGUAUCUGGCAGAUGUGCUGGACAAGUUGUUGGAGCCAGCACCAGAGGAUCGAAUCCAGCGUGCGCAAGAUGUGAUCUCUGCAUUGAGGAGUCAGAAACUUGUGGUAGAGGUGCGCCCAGAUGCAGCUGUGCGCCUGGAUGCAGCUGUGUGCCUGGAUGCAGCUGUCGUCUUGCCCGGUGGGAGUGGGAGGGGCAGACGGUCUCUUCAACAAAAACCGGCAGGGUCCAAGGUUUCUAUGUCAGCGACCAGUAGCGAGCUGGUCCUGGUCAUUCCGCCACUUGGUUUGGUUUUUGGGAUGUUUACCGUGAUCUUUUACGUGAUUUGGUUGGGGUUUACCUGCGGGUUCAGUGUCCUUGUCCUCCUUAGUCCCAACCCGUGGUUUAUUCUCUUCACCUUGCCCUUCUGGGGUGUUGGUGUAUUCUCCGUGUGGUUCGCCCUGAAGACCAUGGUGGCCAGAACGCGCCUGCAGAUUGUGGCAGGGGGUACAUUCUCCAUCUCUUGGAGUAUCAGGGGCUGCCUUAGGGGAGUUGCUGCCUAUGGCCGAUCACAGGAUCUACUCGGUGCUAAAAYGGUUGUGGAYAGAGGGCGGGUGACUAUGUGUGAGCUCCUUGAGGGGGUGAAGACUCAUAAUUUUGGUGGAGCUGGGCUUAGUGAGGUAGAGAGGGUAUGGAUUGUGGAAGUGAUUAAUUAUUUUCUCUUUUCAGUGCAAAACAGCCAUUUAAGGAGGGAGGAGGAGGGGGACGAGGAGAGUGGGGUAAUACGGUAGUUCUCUCGGCCCUGUGGAGAGCGAAGUUAGCAAGAAAUGC